AUGAGCGAACAAACUGAUCAACCUGGGCGUAUGCCCGGAAAUGAUGAAUUAUUGCCUGCGGCCAUUAUUAGACUUGAUCAACAGGGUCUUGAUGGUGCAGACACACGCGAGGAGCCUCGGACUGUGAGUGACUCUAAGAGUCGCGAACACACACCCUCUGGAGUUACCUCUACUCCUGUCAGGGACUCAACUUCUGAUUCCGCUCUGGACCCCCAGGAUCUUCCUACUGAGGAGCCCCAGACUGUGACUGACUCUAAGAGUCGCGAACACACACCCUCUGGAGUUACCUCUACUCCUGUCAGGGACUCAACUUCUGAUUCCGCUCUGGAUCCCCAGGAUCCUCCUGCUGAGGAGCCCCAGGCUGUGACUGACUCUAAGAGUCGCGAGCACACAUCCUCUGGAGUUACCUCUUCUCCUGUUAGGGACUCAGCCUCAGAUUCCGCUUUGGACCCCCAGAAUCCUUCCAACGCUUCUUCUCAGGCUCCUGCUGUUGUCUUUACUGAAGUCUCUGCUGAAGUCUCUGCUGAGCCCCAAUUCAAUCAGUAUCCCUUUGAGACCACACAUCAGUUAUUCGGCCACAAUCCUGUGGACUUUGCCGGUCAGUUCAACUUCGUAGCAACAGUACCACCAGACGUCUUCACAUUUAACCAUCAUCCAUACAACACCACCAACAUGGGUUGGCCCUUCGACCUGAGUGGGGCCCCCAAUAUGGGGGAAUUCGAGCGUUUUGAAAAGGCCUCGAUUGAAGAGCUCCUUCAACCGAGCUCUAUUCCAUUCGCCAGUGUCGCCGAGAUGCGCCCAGCUGCUCGUGAAGGUGUUGUGAUGAUUUCAAACAUCCCGUACUCUGUGACUCGCCAGGAGGUAGCCUCGUUCCUUGGACGCAGUGCUACUCUGCUCCCAUCCACUCAAGGAUGCCCGAUCCAUAUUAUCAUGGAACGGUCUACAGGCAAGACCAUGGACUGCUAUGUUGAAUUUGCAACAGUGAAGGAUGCUCAGGAUACAGUUGAUCGAAUCAAUCGUACCUAUGACGCUGGCAGCGCUCCCCGUAUGGGCAGCCGUCACGUUGACUUAGAGCUCAGCACUCCGGCCAAGUUGCUCAAGGCUACUUUCCCCCGGGCGAAGUGCAUUUCAUGGGAAGAUGGGAACCCUGUUCAGCUUGUCAACAAAGACCCUUGGUCCACUGGUUUUGACGGAUUCCUCACUGACGAGGAAUUGUUUUGCCUUACUCGUCACGCAGAACAGCCUCAUCGUAGCGCAUUCGCAAACAAGGUUCCUCAGCGUGCUUAUGAAUCGUUUGUCAGCACCAUCUGGAAGUUCCCGUGGCAUGCAACCCAUCUUUACACUGUGCACCACCGUAAUGCUCUUUUCAAGACUCUUGGUGCUUUGAUCAGGGCUUUGUCGGAGCGCAUUCAGAAGACAAACACCGUCGGCUUGGAUAUCCGCUUGCUCCACGAGUUGGUUCACGCAGGGAUCAGUUGCCCUGCUUUUAACCCUCGCAUGAAAUAUUGUUUUGCUUGGUGGUCAAAUGAUCAGGGUGCAAUUGAGUCAUUGGACCAUGACUGGUGCCUUUAUUUCCCUUUCGAUACUCUGACCUACGUUCCUGGACACACUACUGCUACUUACCAGUAUUAUGCCUAUGUCAUGUCCCACGGUUCCGUCCUGCGCACCGAGAACGACGGUCUACCCAACAAGCAUACUCUCCCCGAGCUCGAGCGAAUCUUCGGAAGGGUCUGGUUUGAGUGGGACAACGACGUUGCCCGUAAGAAGGUUUUCAAAGAUGCGAUUAUCUACGAUGCCAGUGUUCUGCGGAAGUUCAUCAUCACUGGAUUCCAGCAGCUUCACAGAAGACAGUCUAGCGUCUCAACCAUUGGCACUGCUCCUGAUUCGUCACCAACCCAGAGUAUCGCCUCGGUUGACAGUCAGCGCACUAUUUCGGUGUCCCACAAUCCCUCUGUGAACCCGGGCCCUGCUUAUGAGGAAAGCUCGAUCGUUCCCGCCUCCAGCAACAUGCCAAGCAGCUUCCCUGAGUAUGGCAACACCUCGAACGUCCCUGGUAACCCCCAUGGUAGCUCCCAGCGACUUGAUGCUGACCGAGUUCUGUCGGACACCACCCCUACCCACCGGUCUCACGCAUCGAUCCCUCCCUACCGUCCGCCACAUCAACGACCUGCCGAUUCAACUACGCCCCGCAACCAGUCUUUUAACUGGCGUAUGCCUCAAACUCAGGAGGCACAUGCGGCUGGCUCAACUCAGAGCCAGGCUGUGGUUCAGUCUGUGUACCGUGCUCCGCACCCGACUGCACACAACGUUCGGUCGUCCUCGGACCCCUUCGGCCCGGUCCCCUCGACUGCCGCUUCUAGCCACCGCUCUCGCUCGGACGCCACCCGUCUGUCGAACAUUGAUCGCCGGGCGUUUGAUGAGCUCCGAGCUGCCGGUCACGGUCCCCGACCUGCAAAGAAGUAA